CUGCAGAACCCGUUCACGGAGAAGCCGCCCUACAAGUACGGGACGGUCCCCCAGACCAACGCUGCGUCCGUCAUCCGCAAGCAUCACCCGACCAUGUGGGACUACAUGGGCACCCAGCGCACCAUGAAGAACAGCGUCAAGGAGGGCAUCCGUGCCAUCAAGAACAAGGAGCUGGACGCGUUCAUCUACGACGCGACGGUGCUGGACUACUGGGUGGGUCAGGACGAGGACUGCCAGAUCCUGACGGUGGGGUCCUGGUACGCCCUCACGGGGUACGGCCUCGCCUUCCCCAGGGGCAGCAAGCACCUGCUGGCGUUCAACAAGCAGCUCAUGAUCUACAAGGAGAACGAGCAUGGGCAAGUCCCUGACGUUCCCCCCACCACUCCCCCACCACUCCCCCAGAGCAUGGGCAAGUCCCUGACGUUCCGCGGCGCGGUGUACGAGGCGCAGGACAGGCUGCGGAGGCACCGGUGCACGGACCCCUGGUGCGACACCCACAUCCUGCGGGUGAAGUGCGAGCUGCAGGCCGCCAGGGGCAAGAUCCGCCUGCUGGAGAGGCAGCUCAGCGCCAGGGGCGCCGCCCCCUGCGGCGCCACAUCCCCCAUGCCGGCCCACCAGCUCACCAGGACCGAGAGUGUGGCCAAGAGGGACAAAAGUGACGCUCUUGCCCUCCAGCAAUUCAAGGAGAAGUUCCUUGAGGGUUGCCGUCUAAAACAGCAGCGAGAAGAACUCCAGCAGCAGCAGCAGUUGCUGAGGAAAACAAGCAGUGGUCGAUCCAUCACAAGUAGCGAGUAUUUCGCCGACGACCAACGUCUGUUGAUCAGGUCGCAAGGUUAUCCUGAUGGGGAUGACCCUGCCGCCAUGACCCUACCGAAAACAAAGUUCCAGUUCGCGUAUUCUUCGUCAGGGUCCGCGGAAGGGUUGGGACUGGACAGCCCUGAUAGCCUCAUCGGGGUUAGGGGCUCGUUAGCGCCAAACGUGUCAGGUGGACAGGGGUCGGCAUGCGGGGUAACAGCUAGAAUGGACUCCGCAGGGAAACCUGGUAGAAACGUGGGGCACCAUCAUCUUGGUUCAUCGAAAAGCUUGUUGUCGCUUUUCGGAAAUUCCGGGACUUCUUUGACCCGAACGGGGGGGACCCGACCACUGGGUGGAGGGGGUCUAAUGGAACUUAGUGGUAGGUCCCUCCACGCGACCAGUAGUGGCCCUGGCAAGUACUCUGACAUGGUAGGUGGUACAGAAACCAUGCGGUCGUCUACCACUAUCUUGGACUCGAUCUCCAGACCAACCUUCCCCGACGGGGGGACGACGCUCCCCAGCGGCCGCAGCGGAAGGAUCCCCCUGGAUACCCUCAUCCGAACCCCUCUCGUGGGGCACCGUGCCCCAACACACACAGUGAGCACCCCUCUUCCCCAAGCGUUCCCCCAGAACCCUACCUCUGGCAACGUGCACGUGACUGCCAGAAGCACGAGAAGUGGCAUAUACGAGUCCCUUGACACCCCCCUGUCCCCUCGGGAGGGGUUAUACCGACGAAGGCGAAGUUUCGAUGAUGACGAUGAUGAGGACUUCGGACCGACCCCUUACUACCAGAAGGACUUCGGUCCUGGGGCAGCGGCCAGACGAUGUAAGUUGCCGUGGUACUAG